AUGCGUGGUGCACGAAAGGUUCAACUGACGAAAAAGAAGGGCAUUGCGAAGAAGAAGCGGACAAAGGCUGCAGCCCCAGAUGUGGAGGUUGAAGAUGUUGAAGAUGUUGAACGUGGGUGUGAAGCGGAGGAGAUAGAACAUCCUUGUACUCAACGUUAUACUGCAGUUGUGGUGGUUAUCACGUCGGCACUGUUUACCUUGAUCUCGAUUUAUGUGGCGCAAAUGUGGUCAACAUCUCCCAGCGACGGCUUGGCACUUGUGAUGUCGGGACAGCAGCAGGAUGCAAGCAUCACCAAUCCUUUAUUCAGCUUGCGUAGUGCUGGGGCAGGCGUUGCCCCAGGGAUUGAGGUUCGAGCGCGCAGUGUACGUACUGCCAAAGAUGGACUGUGGAGUGUUCAGGAUGCUCAGCAGCCAGCGCCAGAGACCGCACUCACCAUAAUCCCACAAAGCAUCACCCGGUCGCCAAUCGACACAACCCAACUAACCCAACUACCAGCCGUCCCAAGCCUUCCAAGUCUUCCUUUGUCUCCACGGCAGCGCGGAAGCUUCAAACAUCCGCGAAUACUUUGGAUACAUCUGCAUGGUUAUGGCGGUACAACGAUUUGUGACAUGGCCAGAUCACAGGGAGAGAAGGUUGCACGUUCGCAGGACAACUGCAAUGUCAUGCCGGACUUGUGCUCCACACCCAAAGUUUUCCGGACUCCAUGCAAGAAGCGGGCAUCCAGCUUACAGUAUACCUUCACAGCUAUAGAGCGUGCUGUAGACGAUGAUGACCUGUCUUGUCUCGGGAGUGCCGGAAGCCAGAUGCAGCCCACCAUGCUGUAUGGGAUUAUGUUGCGUGAUCCACUUGCUGGUAUCAAAUCAACUUGGAUUGGCAACGAACUGGAGAAGGACAUGAUCGUUAAUGCGAUAAGGUCCCGGGAAAAGCCGCGAAACUUCCAAUACCAUUUUUGCCUGCCUCCUUUUGAUACGUAUCAGCACUUUGAUAACUUUGCUGUCCGUAGCCUGAGUGGUGAUUACGAUGUGGAUCCCGGUGCUGUGACACACUGGCAUUUGGCAAGGGCGAAGGAAGUGCUGUCCAAGCUGGAUGUCAUCCUCAUUCUGGAACAGCUCCCUGACCAUAUGCCCCAGCUGCACACCGUUUUUGGUUGGGAUGGUGUGACGGACAACCCUUUCAGAUCCCACAGACACCGCAUACCCAAGAAUGCAAUGAGCCCUGGCGAGGAGGCUUUUUUGAAGAAAGUCAACACCUUUGAUUAUGAGCUUUAUGAGUUUGGUAAAGAGUUAGCCCUGCAACGCACACUACAGGCCAAGCUGCGUUCUGUCUCAUAA